CGCCGAACUUUUUUCUGCAUUUUCACACGAAAAACGCGCGCUUGGCUUGGCGUCUUUAGUUAAAAUCCACCGGAAUAACAGUUGGUGUUCGCUGCAAGACUGAAUUGAAUUAGUGCAGAGCGACGGUAAUUAAUUUGCAUUCAUUUCAAUAACCAAAAAUUUAUUGCAAGAGAAGCGGAGGAGAAGAAGAAGAAGCAGAGGCCCAAAGCCAAAGAAGUUGACAUUGAAGUCGGAGCGCGUGUGUGGCUUGUGUGCGUACGCGAGUGUGUUGGUGUGUGCGAAAUUCUUUUGUGCUUUAUUCUCUGCAAAAAGUCAAAGGUGUGAAAUAAAAGUUGCAAAAUAAAUUGAAAAGCGAAAACCAAGUGCAUGCGCCUAACACUAGACGGGUAGCUGCUUCGUGCCAAUUCGAUGCUUUGUUAAAAAUCAAUAAAAUGCUGUAAUUGUUGCUGUCGCAAUUUCCGUCAACAAGCCGGAGGGGGGUCACUCUCUUUCCUUCGUACACACACAUAUAUCUCUCGCGCAGUGUUCUCUCUCUAUCUCUCUCGUCGCUCGCCUUAUCGUGUUUGGCUUGUAGUUUUUAUCGUGUCCCCCAUUAGAGUGACUUUAAAUAAUACAAUUUAUCGCCUCUUUUCGGUUCACGCAAAGAAGGAAGGGAAAGAUUUCCAGCUUAAAGGGAGAGAACGAGGCUGCACCCUUUGCUGGACGGGCGAGUACUCAACUAAUCGCAAUUCCCACAACAAUUAGACACUCCGACUGCACCCGAGAAGCCAGCCAAAAUGGUGGACUACUAUCAGGUUCUGGAUGUGGCGCGCACAGCCACCGACAGUGAAGUGAAGAAGGCCUAUCGAAAAUUAGCACUGAAAUGGCAUCCGGACAAGAAUCCGGACAAUCUGGAUGAGGCCAAUAAACGUUUUCGCGAGCUCUCCGAGGCCUACGAAGUCCUAUCCGAUGAGAAGAAACGUCGCAUCUAUGACGAGUACGGCAAGGAUGGUCUGGGCGAACGCGGACAGAGCCGCAACUCCCACGCCCGUCAUCAUUACAACACACACGAGUUUGUCGAUGACUUUGAUAUUAUGGGCGGCUUUCCGUUUGUUUUCCGACCCCCCGAGGAGGUCUUCCGCGAGUUCUUUGGCGUAAAUUCGCCCUUUGCCGACUUUUUCAGAGAUGCAAAUGGCUACACAAAUGGAACAAUGAGCGGUGGCGGUGGCUCGAGCAGCAGUCGACGUCAUGGGUCCAGUGCUGCGGGCGUUGGAGGAGCAUCGCGCCAUCAUCAUCACCAUCACCAGCACAAAAUGGCCAGCCCUUUUGGGGCGCCCAUGCUCAACUACUCAAUGAUGGAUUUUUUUGUGCCCAACGGCGGUUUCACCUCGUUCUCGUCCAUGACGGCUGGCAAUGGCAGCAGUGGCGUUACCCACAUCUCUGGUGGCCCCAGUGCUGCCGUUAAGCGCACCUCCACAUCGACGGUGUUUGUCAAUGGCAAGAAGCUGAUGACCAAGCGGGUCAUCGAGAAUGGCAAGGAAACUGUCUUUUCAUAUGAAAACGAUGUCCUUAAAUCAAAGACUGUGAACGGAGUUUCCCAAAAGCUCUCUUCAAUAUCUAAUUAAUGCAAGAAACAAAUAUAUAUAAAACAUAUACAAGCAGCAGUGGGCCACAACAACAACAACAACAGUAACAACAACAGCAACAAUCAACAACAAAGAAAAAGUCAUAAAUGUAAAGGAAAACAAAGAAACUCACGAAGAACCUAUGAUUUCUUGAAUGCUUCUUCGUUCCGAUAUAUGGAUACGUUCAUUGAUUUUGUUCUACAUUAGAAUUUAGUUAAUUUUUAAUGGAAAGAACAGCAGCAGCAGCCAGGAGCAGCCGAAGCACACCAGGACCAAGCAGCAAACAGCCGGCCAGGAGUCGAACCCAAAAUUCCUUGUCAAUGCUAGUUAUGUUUUCAGCAAUUUGUUUCGAAAUCUUGCCACACACAGUCGACAUUUUGUUGGCUUGUGGGCUGUAAUAUGUUUCGAGACAAAUGGCCUGAAAAUAAUAAAAUCCAAAAUGAUUCGAGCAGCUACUUAAACACACGCAAUCGCCAAAUGCUGUACGCUUAGGCAAUUCUGAGCCACUAAUUGUAAUUCUAGGGGUCGGCUAAGAACGCUGGAUCCAAGGGCGAGUGUGUGUCUGUGUGCGUGUGUAUAUGAAUUGGGGGAGUGUUGAGUGGAGUGGGGGGAAUUAAAUAUAUAUUUUAUAUAUGUACGUAGCUAUCUACCUUUAGUCACUUAAGUUGCCACAAUACUUACUAGAGAAAACAAAA